GAUCAUUAAUGGUCUCCCCUUCGUCGUCACCCCUAAACAGAAAUCAAAUCUGCCUCCCUAAACUGCAAAGCUUCAAGCACCAGCGACCUCCCUCCAUCUCCGUCCCUUCUACUUCUCACCCAUCUCCCCUCCCUCCCAUGGCUGGAGUAAGCACGAACCACAAGGAUAGUACAAGAUAGCGCAGCGGAGUGGCGUAGGGAGCUGGUCAAGCGCAGCAGCCUCACAGCAUCCAACCUCCAACCACCGCCGCGACCAUGCGUGCCGCCGCGGCGCUCCUCCUCGCCGCCGGCGUCCUCUGCCUCGUCGGCGGCCGCGCGGCGUCCGCGUCGCCCGACUUCGACUACCCGGCGGCGUUCAACUUCGGUGACUCCAACUCCGACACGGGCGGCCGCAUCGCCGCGGGCUUCGAGCCCAUGCCCCCGCCCUACGGCUCCACCUUCUUCGGCGCCCCCUCCGGCCGCUUCUCCGACGGCCGCCUCAUCCUCGACUUCCUCAUGGAUGCGAUGGAUAUGCCAUUCCUCAAUGCAUACUUGGAUUCUCUUGGCGCGCCUAACUUCCGGGCAGGUGUUAAUUUUGCUCAAGCUGGCUGUUCGAUUACUCCAGCAAGUGCAACAUCUGUCAGCCCUUUUUCAUUUGGUCUUCAGAUUAAGCAAUUCUUUGCAUUCAAGGAAAAAGUCACCAGGCUGCUCUCUCAAGGAGAUAGGUACCGUCGGUAUAUUCCUCAGUUGGAUUACUUUUCAAAGGGACUCUACAUGUUUGAUAUAGGUCAAAAUGACCUUGCUGGUCAAUUCUACUCAAGAACAGAGGACCAAGUCAUUGCAUCCAUUCCGACUAUUUUGUCGGAAUUUGAAACUGGGCUCAAGGCACUAUACGAUCAGGGUGCCAGGAAGUUCUGGAUUCACAACACAGGUCCUCUUGGCUGCUUACCUCAAAACAUAGAUCUUUUUGGCAAAGACCCAACACAACUGGAUGAACUUCAUUGUGUAGCAAAGCACAAUCGUGCUGCGAAGAUUUUCAACUUACAGCUGCAUGCACUUUGCACAAAGUUGAGAGGCCAGUUUUCUGGAGCUAAUAUCACUUACGUCGACAUCUACUCCAUCAAAUACGCCCUGAUUGGCAAUUACUCUCGAUAUGGAUUUGAAAGUCCCACCGAAGCAUGCUGUGGAUACGGAGGGCCACCCCUGAACUAUGAUGGCAGAGUGCCGUGUGGACAGACAAAAUCUGUGAACGGUAAUCUCGUAACCGCGAAAGGAUGCAGCGACAGCACUGAGUAUGUCAAUUGGGAUGGAAUACAUUACACGGAAGCUGCAAAUUUCCACGUUACAUCGCAGAUUCUGACCGGGAAGUACUCAGAUCCUCCGUUCGUCGACAAGAUGCCAUUCCUUAUAAAACCGAGGUUCUAAUGAGCUGGUAUUUAUUCCCACAACUGAAUUAGUAAACCAAUGUAAUGUUGUAUUGACCACAACUGAUGUAUUAUUUAUCACAUGUCAAUAAUCACAUAUAGCUUCUUUUUUCAUUA